CGACGGUGCGCAUGCGCAUUUCAGUCGCCAGGGGAUCGGGUUGGAGUCGAGCGGCCGCAGUGAGGCGGGAGGGAGAGGCAGUGACAGAGCUGCUGCCGCCGCCGUCGUACCCGGGAACCCGGCGUUCCCCUACCUCCGCCCUCUGGCAGGCUCCGGCCCGGUUCAUGGAGCACUCGGCCUCUGACGUGGUCGUGGCAGCAGCUUGAGGGGCAGAGCCGAAUCCCGCCGCUCCGGGGAAGGGAUGGCCACCACCGAGCGGCUGUACGAGCUUUGGAUGCUGUACUGCGCCAAGAAAGACCCGGACUAUCUUAAGCUCUGGCUGGAGAGCUUUGUUACAACAUAUGAAAAAUUUCUUGACGUAGAUUUUGAAAGACCUCCCACAAGAUUGGAUGAAGUCCCACCAGGGUUAUCCUUGUUGCCUGAUAACAUUCUGCAGGUCCUAAGACAUCAGCAAUUGCAAUGUAUGCAGAAACUGUCAGACGGGUUAGAGGACGAACAGCAAGCGUUGGCACUCAUUCUGGUCAAAUUCCUCAUCAUUAUAUGCCGAAACCUGGCUAAUGUUGAGGAGAUUGGAACCUGCUCCUACAUUAACCAUGUUAUCACCAUGACGACAGUCUACAUUCAGCAGGUAACAAAGACCAAAGAGAAAGAAAUGGCAGAUCAAACACCAGCUGAAGAUUUUGUAAGACAUGCACUUAUAUUCUGUGAGAGUCUAUAUGACCCGUAUCGAAACUGGAGACAAGAGAGCAGCUGGGUGAAUAGAGUUGUCAGUGCGGUGGAGAAGAGCAGACAGAAGUAUAAAGCUGCUUGUCUAACGGUGGAGUUCAUCCCUUUCUUUUAUCAAUGUUUUCAAGAGAGCGAGCAUCUGAAAGAGAGUCUGAAGUGUUGUCUUCUUCAUCUCUUUGGGGCCAUUGUUGCAGGUGGACAGCGCAAUGCACUCCAGGCAAUCUCACCAGCUACAAUGGAAGUCUUGAUGAGGGUGCUGGCAGACUGUGAUUUGGUGGAUGACAAGGACCCAGAGGACGUAAGCCAUAAAUUGGAGCUGACCCUGAAGUGCCUGACGGAGGUAGUUCACGUACUGCUUACCAGCAGCUCUGAUCAACGGCAGGUGGAGAUCAAUACAAUCCUUGAGAAUUACUUCAAGCUGCUCAACUCAGAUCACAUUGCAUUGCUGGUCAAUCGCAGAUCUCGGAAUUGGGAGAGCAGUUUCAUUGCACUACAGAUACAAAUGCUGAACACUAUUCCAGAGAUGUUAAAUUGCUCUGACAGACCUGUCCUUCAGGCAAUCUUCCUGAAUAGCAACUGCUUUGAACAUCUCACUCGACUAUUACAGAACAGCAAGCUGUUUGUAAGUUCUAAAGCAGCAGACAAGAGUGAGAAAGAUCUUGCCAACAAAUUACUGACAGAAAUGAAUGUGAACCAGGUCUUUCAGGGACGCCUGGAUGUCCUUGCUGUAUCAACAAUCCAAGCAUUGACUGCAGUGAUGCACAAAUCCCCAGCUGCUAAGGAAGUGUUCAAAGAGCGUAUUGGUUACAUACAACUGUAUGAGGUUUUGAAGACCUUGGGCCAGCCAUCACGGGACCUGCUGAAGGAGCUGAUGAACAUGGCUGUUGAAGGUGAUCAUACCUCUGUUGGAAUGCUUGGGAUCAGCAAUGUCCAACCACUUCUACUACUCAUCCAGUGGCUCCCAGAGUUAGAUUUUGAGCUACAAAUCUUUGUUUCUGAUUGGCUGAAGAGGAUAUGCUGCAUCAACCGUCAAAGCCGCACAUUCUGUGUAAAUGCCAGCAUAGUAAGCCAUAUCCUCGUGACGUUGAACUGCCAUACUAGACUGCACCAUACGUGUGCAGAGAAUCUGAUUGACUGCUGGGUGCUUUAGGCAGCCAGGUCGUUGAGCUCAGGAGAAAUCUUGCAGUUGUUGAGGUUGAGAACUGAUGACGCUAAACAAGCCCACCCUUAUGUGGUUCCAGUGACACGUGCAAUACUUGGCAUAGCCCGGAAGCAGGGCUUGGAUAAUGCACUACAGUACUUUAACCUGUCCCACAGCAUGGCAGGAAUUAUGGUGCCCACUAUUCAACGUUGGCCUGGUUAUGGCUUUAGCUUCUAUGCGUGGCUGUGUCUUGAUCAGGGGCAAGAGGCAAGUGGAAUCUUUGGGAAAGGAAGCAAGAGGAAACAGCUGUACAGUUUUUUCACAGCCAGUGGGACAGGGUUUGAAGCAUUUCUAACGUCCUCGGGAGGGUUGGUCGUAGCAGUCUGCACAAAGAAAGAGUACAUGACCGUGAUGCUGCCUGACCACUGCUUCUAUGACUCUCUCUGGCAUAGUAUAGCUGUGGUACAUUUCCCAGCGAAGCGUCCCUUUGGUCAGAGUCUGGUGUACAUCUACGUCAAUGGUCAGCAGAAACUCACUGCACCCCUAAAAUUUCCCACUAUGAAUGAGCCUUUUACAUCGUGUUGUAUUGGAUCAGCUGGUCAGAGGACCACUACCCCACCUCCAUCACAAAUCCCAGAUCCUCCAUUCUCUUUAUCUAUCCCUUCCGGACGGACAUCACUAAGCUCAAUUCUUUCACCUCCAAACUGGAGCGGACUCCUGGGCAAACCAGAAUCGGUGACGAAACUCAUUUCAGCAGGAACUCAGGAUAGUGAGUGGGGUUCCCCGACUUCACUGGAAGGUCAGCUUGGUUCCGUUCUAGUCUUCCAUGAUGCACUACAACCCUUUCAAGUGAAGGCUCUCUAUUUUGCAGGCCCAAACUGCAUUUCUCUAUUGAAAACUCAGGAGUCAGAUUUUACAGACCUCACAAACAAGCUGCUCCUUCAUUACACGCCAAAGGCAUGCAAAAGUCCUAUCUGCCUUGAUUUGUCACCUAAUCUCUUUCAUGGGAGACUGACUGGGCAUAAAGUUGUCAACUGGGAUAUUAAGGAUAUGAUCAAUUGCAUCGGUGGUCUCAAUGUCCUUUUCCCACUGCUGGAACAAAUGAGCAAUCUUGGCAGUCAGGGGUGCCUGAAGACCGAUCAUGUGGCACCUGAUCUAGUGACUCCUGAAGCACCAUCCCCUUCUGAAAGUGACUGGGUGGUGGUCCCUUCAACAAGAGCUUCUGAGGCCAGGCUGGAGAAGAACCCUGUUGCUACUUUUCUCUUGACAAUAAAACAUUUCAUACGAAGGCAUCCAAUCAAUCAGGAGAACGUGCUUCAUUCCCAUGGAGUGGCCACUUUAGGUGCCUUGUUGCAAAAGAUGCCAAAUAGUUUAGUGGAUGUGAACAUGUUGGUGGCUGUGCAGUUGCUAAUUGAACAAGCAAACGUAGAAAAGAAUACACAGCUCCUGCAUCAGAUGUAUCAGUAUCUGCUCUUUGACUUUCGAAUCUGGAGCCGGGGAGACUUCCCAUUUCGAAUAGGUCACAUUCAGUACUUAUCCACCAUCAUCAAGGAUAACCGAAAACUCUUUAGGAAGAAAUAUGGGGUGCAGUUUUUACUCGAUGCGAUCCGUAUGUGUUACAGCAGCUCAAAUCAAGAUGGUGACUUGUCUGUAGAUGACGUGAAGACAAUUCGAGCUUCCCUCUAUGGGCUAAUUAAGUACUUCAUCAGCAAAGGGGUCACUCAGGAAGAGGUUCAGAGCAUGAUGGGAUACAUUGCUGCUGUCAACGAUGAGGAACAGCUUACAGGGAUCUUGGAAGUCCUGCUGAAUCUUCUUCAGACCAGCACUGCUCGGGACCAGUUGUACCUGCUGCUCUUUGAACCGGGGCAUGCUGAUAUUCUGUACGCUCUACUGCUGAGCAACAAGUAUUCUGACAAGCUUCGAGAGCUUGUCUUUAAGAUAUUUGAGAGGAUGUUGAAGUGCGAUAAGGUCUACGAACGGAACAAACAGCGCAUCAGACUGAGGGACGUCGGCUAUUCAGGACUCAUCAUGCUGCUGAAUGAUGUCACUAUUACGGUGUCUCUGGUCAAGAAUCUCUUGCACCAAGUACUACAAUCGGAUUCUGUGGUAAAUUAUAAAGACUUGAUGGCUGUGGUGCAUCUAGUGCAUAAAGCAGGAAUUAAUGUGAGACUUGCUGUUUGCAGAAAGAUUUAUCGUCACUUGCAGUCCCAACAGGAUGCAGCCCAGCAGAUAGCAAAGCAGACUAUUUGGCAAGAAACCUUUGUGAGGUUAUUCUUGAAGGAGAAUUCUGAGAGUAAGGAUAUUGCUGGUGUGGAAUGUUUGAACAACAACAAUUUGGACUUUGGUAAACAAACUGAUCCACGGCUUGAGGUGAGGCCAAUAGUAGAGCGGUCAAAGAGCACUAAUGAAGAAUCACGUACUCAGGACUAUAAACUCUCAGAUGGCGAUACAGUGGACAAUGCCUCCUUGACUAAGUUUUAUGAUAACCAAAGCUUUGAUGGAUUGUUUGAAAGAUUUACUGACUCAAGUCACUCGUCUGAGAUGUUUUUAGAUGACAGGGCCUCAACUGAUAGUACUUUCACAGAAAGCUUGGUGGAAAAUCAGGAUGGUUCUGGGAACUGGCUCCUAAAGGGGCGAGGUCUAACGUUGGACUUGUCAAGCACAACCUCCUUUGAAAUGGGUGACUGUGAAAGCCAAACACCAGGUAGCAUUGCCAGCACCCCAUCACCACUGGAAAUACCCAAGCACUUAUCUGGUGCACAGUUUGAUAAGGAACCUAGCAACACUGAUGAGUCAAGUUACAUGGACGAUGCCUCAGUCUAUGAAGUCUUUGGAAAUGUAGAGAAGUGUGGAGAAGAACUAAGUCGGAUUCUGACAGACAUUCUCCUUUGUAUCAUGUGGCGUGGCCUGGAAGGGUCAGAUGAUGCUGCCUGGAUCGAACGAGGACAAGUUUUCUCGGCACUGACGAAGAUAGGAACUGCAAAUGAACUCCUUUGUCCCUCUGAUGAAAUUAAACUCAAUCUUCUUGAGAAAAUAUUGGAAUGGGCUGUGACUGAUAACAGAGAGGCAACAGCUGUUGCCCUUCCUGUUCACACUGAGAAUGCAGUGAGGUUGCUGCAUAUCGUUCAGGACUUCCUCCAGGCUGAAGGGCUGGUGAAUCCUGCACUAUGGACUGACAAGGUAUUGGAGGAGAUGGUGACACUAAUGGAUAACUUGAUGGUGUGGUAUUCAUCUGGACCAGAGUGGAUGCAAUUAUCUCAGCUUGGAGUACGACUCCUUCUUGGUUUUAUUGCUCAAGAUAAUAUACAGGUGUGUGCCAUGGCUGCAGCAAAACUCAACACAAUACUGCAGACUAAAGAGAUAGUCAACCGAGAUGAAGCUUGCUUCCUCUUGGGGAAGUUGGAGGAAACGCUGACCAAGUCCAUAAGAGAAAAGACUGAAAUCUACUCCUUCCUGAUCCCAAUCAUACGAACAUUGGUCUCCAAAAUCUAUGAACUACUGUACAUGAAUCUGCACUUGCCAGCUUUGCCGCAAAGCAAUGGCAGUCCUUCUUUCUUUGAGGACUUCCAAGAGUACUGUGGUUCCAGUGAAUGGCGCGUUUACAUUGACAAAUACAUCAUUCCAUCGAUGAAGCAAUAUGAAGUUGAAACAUUCAGCAAAGGACAUGAGCGCAUGGCAAUCUUCUGGAAGGAAUGCUAUGAAACCAUGAUGGUGAAUUUACACAAACGAGAUCGGGAAAAAGGAGAAAGCAAGCUUAAAUUCCAAGAGUCUUUUGUUGAGCCAUUCACCCGCAAAGCCAGGCAGGAGAACCUGCGUUACAACAGUAUGUUAAAACAACUCAACAGCCAGCAUACUGCAACCCUGAGACAGUGGAAGGCAGCUCAGCAUUAUCUAACCUGUGAACGAGGACCAUGGGCUGAAAAAAAACCAGAGUCCGUGUGCUGGAAGUUGUCCAGUGUGGAAAACUAUUCCCGUAUGAGGCUUAAGCUCGUUCAGAACUAUAACUUUGACCCUCAUACUGAUGCAAGCGCACUACGUGACAACCUAGGGGUCCAGCAGACUCUACCGUCCAAUGAUUCUUUGCUGUUGGAAGCAGUGAAGCAGGCCAAGGUCAGUGACCUGGAAGAUGACCGGUUGGCUGAUGAGGAUUUGAGCAUGCUCAGUAACAUCAAUGAAGAGGAGCAGAAUCAGAAAGAAAAAUUGGUGAUUGCUGAAGACUGUGAUCUGAUCACCAUCAUGGAUGUUGUUUCAGGACGCCUUGAAGUCACCACCCAGCACAUAAACUUUUUCGAUGGGAGUGUGGACAAAGAGGAAGGGGUGGGCUAUGACUUUAAGUGGCCCCUCUCUCAAUUGCGUGAGAUUCACCUUCGUCGUUACAACUUGAGAAGGUCAGCGUUGGAGAUCUUUCUGAUUGACCAAACUAACUACUUCCUGAACUUCAAAAAGGAGGUGAGGAACAAAGUCUAUAGUCGUAUAUUAUCCCUUCGACCACCCAACCUGUAUGGCACCCGGUCACCCCAGGAGCUGCUAAAGGCAUCAGGGCUUACACAGAAAUGGGUGAGCCGGGAGAUUUCAAACUUUGACUACCUCAUACAACUCAACUCUAUUGCGGGGAGGACUUACAAUGAUCUUGCUCAGUAUCCAGUGUUUCCUUGGAUUCUUAGUGACUACACCUCAGAGGAAUUGGAUUUAAGCAACCCUGAAGUCUUCAGGGACCUUUCCAAACCCAUUGGAGUUGCCAAUGAAAAGAAUGCCAAAGCUGUGCAGGAAAAGUUUGAUAACUUCGAGGAUCCGACAGGAACGAUUGACAAGUUUCACUAUGGAACUCACUAUUCCAAUGCAGCUGGUGUAAUGCACUACAUGAUACGGGUUGAACCCUUUACAACUUUGCACAUACAGCUACAAAGUGGCAGGUUCGAUUGUGCAGAUCGUCAAUUCCAUUCCAUUCCUGCUACUUGGCAGGCUCUCAUGGAGAAUCCCAAUGAUGUAAAAGAACUCAUUCCUGAAUUCUUCUACUUUCCAGAAUUCUUAGAAAAUCAGAACCGAUUCGAUCUUGGACGUUUACAAAUCUCUAAGGAGCGAGUUAAUGACGUGAUACUCCCACAAUGGGCCACAUCACCUGAGGACUUCAUCUACAAGCACAGGAAGGCCUUGGAAUCUGAGUAUGUAUCAGCUCAUCUUCAUGAAUGGAUCGAUCUGAUAUUUGGAUAUAAGCAAAGAGGACCAGCUGCAAUAGAGGCUCUAAAUGUUUUCUACUAUUGUACAUAUGAAGGAGCUGUUGACCUAGAUGCAAUAGCAGAUGAGAAAGAGCGAAAAGCACUGGAAGGGAUGAUCAGUAAUUUUGGGCAGACUCCCUGUCAGCUGCUCAAGGAGCCACACCCAUGCAGAUUGUCUGCUGACGAAGCCUUGAAGCGACAGGCCAAGAUGGACAACUGCCCACUGAAUGUCUUCCAGCAUUUGACUGAACUUAAAUCAUUCUUUGUGGAGGGAAUAAGUGACAAUAUUCCUAUAGUGAAAGCAGUAGUGCCCAAAAACCAGGCACGUUCCUUCAUGUCUCAGGGAAGCCCUGACACCUUGGUGACUGUGAGUCAGAAUUGCCUGAUGGGAACUCAUGGGUGGCUGCCUUAUGAUAAAGUCAUUUCCAACUACUUCACGUUCUCCCGGGACCCGACAUUAGCUAAUUUGAGAGCACAUCGUUAUGUCAAUGGCCCCUUUACUCCAGGGCUGGAAGUGAGCUCUAAACUGUUUGUUGUGUCACAUGAUGGGAAACUGAUCUUCAGUGCAGGGCACUGGGAUAAUAGCAUUCGUGUGACCUCAGUUGCAAAGGGCAAGCUUGUGGGACAACACAUCAGACACAUGGAUAUUGUGACCUGCCUAGCAACUGAUUACUGUGGAAUCCAUUUGAUAUCAGGGUCUCGUGACACAACUUGUAUGAUCUGGCAAAUUCUGCAACAGGGAGGAAUCCCUGUCGGCCUGGCAUUGAAACCCAUGCAGAUCCUGUAUGGGCACACUGAGGAAAUAACCAGCAUCGCCAUCAGUACCGAGCUGGAUAUGGCUGUUUCAGGCUCCAAGGACGGAACAGUAAUCAUUCACACAAUUCGACGGGGGCAGUAUAUGAGGACUCUUCGACCACCAUGUGAGAGCUCCCUUCCUCUCACCAUUCCCAACCUGUCUAUUUCAUGGGAGGGGUACAUCAUUGUCAACACCGUGAUAGAAGGGAAGUCAAAUUUUAAGGACAAGAAUGCUCUACAUCUGUACUCUGUGAAUGGCAAGCACUUGACAAGCGAAACCAUAAUGGAACAAUUAUCUGACAUGUGUGUCAGUGGAGAACAUAUUGUGCUAGGCAGUGUGGAGGGAUUUCUGUGUGUAAGGGAUUUGUACAGCCUGAAGCUCAGUAAUGCUCCACUGUCAAUGAGGCUGCCGAUUUAUUGUGUGUCCAUCACCAAGGAGAACAGCCACAUCCUUGUGGGACUGGAGGAUGGUAAACUCAUCAUCGUGGGCGUGGGCAAGCCAGCUGAGAUGCGAUCAGGACAGCUUUCCCGAAAGUUCUGGGGUUCAAGCAAACGCCUAAAUCAGAUAUCAUCUGGAGAAACAGAGUACAACCCUCAAAGCGAACUUAAAUGAUGGGACCAGAGGGGGAUAAUAACAAUCGCUUGGCUUCCUGUUUGCAGUUACUGAUCAUUCCUGUUUCCUUUUUCCACCUGAUUUUCACCUGAGUGAAACUAUGCAGCGAUUUGGUGGGCUCCGAUCAUGUGGCAAAAACUGCAUUCCUCUGUGGCCUAUUGUAGACGGAGGUGCAAUUUCUUUGCACCCAAGAAAGACUGCUGUUGCUUCUGUGCAAGGAGGGCUACUCUUGCUUUUUCUCUUUUAUUAAAAAGGAUCAAAAUACUGUUAGAUUUUUUUUGAAAAAUCUUCUAUAUUUUAACGGCCAGUUGAGAAGAAAAAGUCCUGUGAACGGGCCUUAUAAAUAUUGAGGGUAGUGGAAGGUGGUUGGUUGCUAGGUUAAACACUAAAUGGAAUUCUUAUCUCAUUGGUCUUACCCUCCAGAAGAGGAGAUGUAACGCCCCAGUUAUCACAUAUCUUUGAAGAAUGUACUUGUGACCCAGAGACAGUCUCCUGUUGUGGCUGCCUGGUGCCAGUUUGAAAUGCUGGCGAGAUAAAUGUUUCUCUUUUUGCUCAGUGCAAUGGUUUUUAACCCAAGAUUGUGGAAAUACUAGUCCUGUCUUUACACUUUUGAAAUGUGGCAGAUAACCACAUCAUCAGAAUGAUUUACUCUUUCUUACCCACAUCAGCCCUACUUUCUUAAUGUACAGAAACUUGUUUAAAAAUCAUUGGGUGUGUUUCAUGUUAAUCAAGCACAAUACUUCAUGGUGAUCUGCCUUUCUUCAUAUUUGGGAGGCUAACUUCCACUUGUAUCGGUCAGUACUAUUGGACAAAUCUAAAUGCAUUAGCCUCUAUUUCCUUGCGUACUGUUUUCUCUGUGCACUUUAUAUUUUAAACAUAAUUUAUGGAAUCAAAAUUUUUAUUUAAUUUUUUUUUCAAUUUACUAUGUCCUUUAAAAUGCAAACCAAUUUCGUAGCUGCUUGCAGAAGGGGACCAAUGCAGGAUUUAAAUAUUGUUUAAAUCUGCCAAUCUUUUCCCCCUCCUCCCCAACCCCCGCCACCACCAAUUUUACCUCCUGUAACAGAUCAACAGAAUAAUAAUAUACAGGGGAGAGAAAUGUGGGGAGUGGGAGGAUGUCAAUGGGAAAUGAUGCAUUGGAAGUGCAUUCUGCUGACAUCCUACCUGAGGACCUCAAUACCAUCUAGAUAUUAAGGCUCCGGUUGAUUAGAAGAUGGCACUCUUGAUUCCCUCCAGCAGACAGAGUUUUACAGGUGGAUUUGUAAACUAUUUUGGUGGCAAGAGAUGUUUCUGUCAUUCAAGUGAUUGGUCAGCUUGAAAGAUGUUUUCUGCUGGUCAGUAUCUAGUGUAUGUGCUAGGCAUUGGGGAAAAAGUACACUUGGUUAAGGCUUCCAUACCAUUUUAACCUGAGAAAGGCUGUAUGAAGGAAAUACUGAGAUGGAGGGAAAGCAAGAAUGGGUUGUAGAAAAAAGUCAUUCACACCAAAUUGAAGUAUACCACAGGUACAACUUUACAUAAUGGACCUGUGAAUUGCAAAGAAUUUUCUCAGUGAUAGUGGGAGCAAACAAUGCCACUUCCUUCCUAACAUUGACAAAUGUGAAGUAACAUAGGCAUGAAGGUUUUAAAUUUGAACAGCAGUCUUGGGAACAGUUUAAAGGAGAAUAAUGUCAUGGGAAUUCCAAGGAGAAAGUAGGAAUACAAUAUAUAUUUGUGGCAUUAAGUAUGAUAAAAAUUUUAAAGAAGCAGUUUACAGAGGAUUAAGGUUUUGUAAGUAGUUGAUUUAUCAAGUUAUUUCUGUUCACAAUCAAGUAUUUAACAGAGCACUGAUAUCAGGAGCUAAAUUCUUCCUGCAAAAGUUGGUCACUACCUUGAAGUGAAGGGUCACCUUUUUCCUGGAGAAUCAAUGAAGGACUAAUUCAACCCAUAUUCCACUGGUAAUCCAGUUAUUACUGUUAUUAGUAACAUAUAAAUGUAUUGGAUAUGAUGCACAAGUCAUAAUUUGGUUUUAUUUUAGUUUAAACAACAAAGUAGUUUGUGUGACCAAUCCCUACUGCCAUUUGCUAUUGUCUUUAACAAGUCAUUUUUUAAAAAAACAGUAAGUUGCAUUUGCUUAGCACAAUUAUGAUGGAAAACAUGCCAAAACUCUCAUUUCCAAUUGACUCGGGAGCUAGCUCCGUUCUUUGGGUUAUGAGAUUGCGGCAUUAAAGCAGAAAUGUCUGUGAUUAAGUACAAUUGCAUGUUUCCCUUUGUAUGACUAGUGAUUUUUUUUCCCCAAGCUUGCAGUGAGAAUCCAGAUUUGUUCCCUACUUUGUGUAUGCAAAAAUAGUUGGAAGGGAGCUGCAAAUAGGUAUCUUUAUCAUUCGUACUUGUGUGUAGUGUGAAAUUAACAAAGUUGUGAAGUAUUUACCUGUCAAUGAGUUGGAGUUUUAUGGAUUUGCUAAGAAACCUGGGGAAGGAUGUAUUGGUUUGCAAAUGCAGCAUUUUGUUCUAUGCAAGUGUUGGGAUCAAAAACUGACCUAUUUAUUUUCUUUUGAGAAUUAAUUUGUUUUAUGGCAAUAACACAGGGUUAUAAAGGCUCACAUAAUCUAGCUGUUGACCUGAUUCACUGUACCAUACUAGCUGAGUGCAGACUGAAUAGAUCUGCUGAUGGUCUAUUGCAGCAUUAAACCAUGUUUGUGCCUAGCUUGCAGCGAACCUAACCGAAAGUUUCAUGCGACUCCCAAGAGAUUUUCUACUAGAAAGUAUGAAGAUUUAAAUCAGUGCCAGAAUAAGCAUUCAGUUUAGGAUUCCCUAUCAUAAUGUUAGAGUAUAAUUGAUUGAUGUAAGCAUAUAAUUGUAUUUUAAGGAGCUUUUGAAAGUAAUAUAAAUGAGAAAGAGACUGAGAUUUUUAUAGAUUUUUCCAAUAACUGCUUUGGCAUUUUACUGCAGAAAUACUAGUUUUUCAUGUCCAUUCAUUUUGGGGAAUGUUUUAUGCCAAAUGGGGUGUUUCAGUGCUUUAAAGAGUGUGUCAAUUUUUAAUCUGACUUGUGUAAGUGUACUAUGUAUAAUAUUGACAUUAUUCAGUGCUUUUUAAAGGAAAAUUUUCAUCUGUUAUUUGUUUCUAGCCACCUUUUGUGCAGUGCCCAGGAGUGACAAAUUCUAACUUUUAUUUUAGAUUGUCUUGUAAUUUAACAACACUUCCGUGUUUGUAUAUUUGCUGAUUUGUUUAUAGUGUGGUUGUUGAAAAAUUUCCUUUUUGCACUUUUAAGGUACUGCAGAUUGUAAAAUUUGAUGCUCUGAUGUACACAUUAUCUUGUACAUAACAAAUUUAUCACUAGCUUUGUAUACAGAGCCAAUAGGCAAUAAAGAUGGGAUAAUUGGGGUGUGGUGUUUGUGUUUUGUGUAAAUAUUAACACCAAGGACUGUAGCAGCAUUUUUGCACCAGA